GGGGAUCAAGCUCCUCUUUUCCACAUCCCGACUCCACCAGAAGUCUCGCCUCUCUCUGCGAAUUUUACUACUCGGCGAGAUAGCCCGGUGUCGGACCUUGAUGCGAUGAGGUGGUCGCAUAUGAAAGAUCCCGAGGAGAGGAAGGAAUCUGACGCUACUGUGUUUCCUCGCUUCUCUUACACUCUUCCUAAACUACCGCCAAAGCCUAACAAAAAGGAGAAGGGCAAGAAGGAGAAGCAAGUCCGCUUUCCUGAGGCAUCAAGCUCUGGCCAUGAAGAACGAACUGACACCCAUGAAGCAAGCGCGGGGAAAAGCGGCUCUAGGCUUGCUGACCUAUUCCGUAGCGCGAGGGAGAUAUACAGCGCGGGUCCUAGAGGCGAAGGCCAGAAAAUCUGGAGCGGGAUACGGAAGAAGAAGCGCGCUCAGAAGCAGGCGGCAAAACAACACCAGCUGCAAAUCAUCCGCGAGAAUCCACAACCACAAGCAUACGGCUCGCCUACUCCUUUCACCCCAGCCCGUCCCUCACCUCCUCCACCUCUCGGGGUCUCCCGGGGUCGGUCUAGUCCCCGGCCAAAGCAUGCCCACGUACCACUGACUCCUCACUCGUUAGCUGGCGCGGGCUAUUACUCCCAAUCAGGAUAUUCUAUUCCCGUAGCAGCAUCGGCCAGCGUCCAAUACGACGGGCAGGAAGUCGUUGUUGAUGGGUACAAGCCUCUUCCCCCAGUGCCGAAACUUGAUGCCGCACCAAAGAACCGCGACGAAGUGAGGGAGAGGAAGACUCCGUCUCCUCCCCCACCGCCACCACCGCGCCCUGUGCCAUCCAAGAACCCCGAGAGGGUGAUACGGCAGCAGGUAGGUACUACAUCCUCUACCACAGCGCCUCAGCCUCAGAGUAGGACGCAAUGGUUCUCCGAGCUCGACGACCAGCAGACCGAACGCCCACGCCGCACUCCCCAGCGCAAGGAACCGGGCCGGCUCAGGCGCUUCUUCUCUCUCUUCCUAAACAUCGAGGAACCCUCCGAUCCCCAUGCCGGCGCAGCAACUAACCAUCACCCUGCGAAAAAGCACUCGAAGCUCAAGGCGCAAAUCUCGCACCCAGGCCCCAUGGCCGUGCUUGAUAACCGGACCGUCAACGUCGCCGUCGAGAACGGUGGCGUAGGCGGCCCAGCAGCGGCUAUCUCCCUCCCUCUGCGCAACGGCGAGAUCGUGCAGCCCAGAAGGCACGCAGCUCAAGGUAAGAAGGGGAAGGGAAAGCAAAAGCGACUGACCCCUCCUCCUCCAGUGGCGCAAUCCGAAAGCCCUGCUUCAGACAGCAAGAUCCUGGAUAGCAGUAGUAGUAAAGCAAAGGACCACGGCGCAUCCAAAGAAAAGCCAUCCCACUGCUGGCGGGACAUGCUGCUAACCAGUCCCUCUCGCCCUUACUCAGACAGCAAAGUCCCCUCCGGCAGCAAACCGCAAAGCAAACCGCACGCCGGUCUGAAAGAAAAGCCGUCCCACCGCUGGCGCGACAUGCUGACCAGCCCCGGCGAGCACGGCGGUAAGUCUUUCUACAGCGGGCUGCGCGAGACGGAGCGCGGCUGGGGCCGCAGGCGGAAGAGCUCCGAUGUGAGCUUUGCGUGCCAGGGAAUCAUUUCGUCGGCCCUUUGCGCUGACUAUCCGUCACAUCCGGACUAUCCUGUUAUGAACCCUUAUGCGAGCGCGGCCCAGUACCACGGGCAGCAGCAAGCACGGGGGGGAGGUAUAGCACGUGCGAAUGCGAUCCGCGACCCUGGACCGUCCUCCCAAACCCAAACGCAAAUCCAUAAUCAAAGGUAUGAGUUCGAAGAUAGAGAUGCUGUCGUCGCGCCGCUGUUCUGCGGCAUCGGAGGCACCAUGGCUUCGAAUGGCGGCGGAGACAGAAUUAGGGACACGCGGUUCUACCAGGCCUAUGAUGACGUGCUGGGGGAGUAUGAGAAGAACUGAGGAACGGGGUCUAGAGCGUGUGGUUUACUGUACAGAGUACGAUGGGAUCUGAUCCGAUCUGCGCGGAGCGGGAUGCGGAUCUACAAAUAGCGCAGCGUGGGGUAGAGGAACGGGCCUU